AUGGAAUUGAUGAGUGGUAUAAAAUUGAAGGCUGGAAAAGAGAUUGUUAGGGGUCGCUGUCCAAAGGAGAAGUCGUCCCAUCCUUGUGGGCGACCAAAGAAAGGUAAACGAGAUGCAGAUGAUUCAGAAUGGGAGUGGACAUUUGAAGCAAGAUCUAAGAAAGACUUAGCAUGGCAUGAUAUUGAAGAGUUUCUUAACUUCAGAUACUCGAGAACCGGUGAACUGGAAGUUCGUGUACGAUAUGCUGGAUAUGGCAGGCUGGAUGAUGAGUGGGUGAAUGUGAAAAAAAAAAGGAUACGAGAUAGAUCUAUCCCAUUGGCACCUUCAAAGUGUCACAAGGUGAAGGAUGGAGAUCUUGUACUAUGUUUGCAGAAAAAGGAUAAUUAUGCCCUCUACUUCGAUGCUCGUGUAGCAAGAAUCCAUAGGAGGCUACAUGAUGCGACAGAUUGCAAGUGCAUUUUCACUGUUCGAUUUCUCCAUGACAACUCUGAGGAAGAAAUUGAUUGGAAAGGGAUAUGUUAUAGGCCUAUACAAGAGGAAUCUGUUGUGUAUCAUAACUCCCCAGAACCUACACAAGAGGAAUCUACAAAAGAGGAAUCUGUUGUAAGCCAUAACUCUCCAGAACCUACCAAAGAACUCAGCCUAAGUGACAUAGAGAACUUGUGGCCAUGAAAAAUCUCUUUCUUCUUUCGUGUUUCCCUUUCAUCUUUAUGGAUUUGUAGUA